AUGCUGCUCGACGAUGCGGAACUUAGUUUUCGAAAAUGGGCGAGCUUGGCGGUGCUCGUCUUGUUCACCACAGUCACAAGCAUCGUCUCACAACGAUCACGCAGCGUAGCUCCACAGGAGAGGUAUUCGAUCGCAGCUUCAGUUUUUCUAUCCGAGCUGUUCAAAUUGCUCAUGGGCUUUGCAGUAGCUAUGGUGUCGUGCAAGACCACUUCGAGCAAGGACAGUGCAACGCUACCCUUGUUCUCAGACAAAUCGGAAGGCCAAGAUCACGACGACUCUUGCCAUCGAAACGAUCAACUCGACUCUCCCACCUCGCCUCUUUCACCUUCAAGUGCGACGUCCUCGACGUCCCCGAUGUCGACAAUAGACAGGGUGCGCAAAACGUGGAGCGACAUCUACUGCCCAUCGGCAUGGAUGAUGGGAGUACCUGCACUCAUCUAUGUGCUUCAAAACAUGCUUCAGCUGGGUGCCAACUCGUACUUGAGCCCAGUCGCAUACCAGGGACUGUCACAACUCAAGCUGUUGACGGCGGCCAUCAUCAGUGUGUCGCUGUUUGGAAAAAGACUCUUGUUGCGUCAAUGGAUAUGUCUGGCUGUUCUGUUGUCAGGGGUCAUCUUUUUGACACAGAAGCCCGUCACUUCUCAGGAUAUAGUAAAUGCAGCCGCACUCCUCGGUCAGGUCGAGCCGGGACCGGACUCGCCUUUCUCGCAUCUUCAAUCAGAUCUCUCAGCAUCAGCACCUGUUUCCAAGGUGCUGUCCCAGGCCAUGGAGUUAGCAAGCAGGUAUGCAAGCGCACAAUUAGCAGUGGGAGGCUUAAUGGUAGUACUCGCCUGCAUCUGCGGUAGCUUCGCAGGAGUGUAUAUCGAGACCAAGCUCAAAUCGAGCAUGUCGGUGGCGCUGUCAGUGCGCAAUGCACAACUGGCAUCCUUUGCCCUGGUCACCGCGGGCGCGGCUGUAGUAAUGGAAGCGAUCGGUCAACGCGAGUGGGCGCCAUUGAAGCACUUUUCAACAUUGGCUUGGAUUACAGUCCUUCUGCGAGCUUGCAGCGGCUACAUAGUAUCAGCAACGCUGCGAUACGCCGACACCAUCAUGAAAGGUUUCGCUACAAGUGUGGCUAUCAUAACGACGAUCGCCUUGGAAAGCAUUUUGCAUUCUCAGCCGCCGUCGUUCGUGCAGCUACUGGGCAGUGCACUGGUGAUGUUUAGCACGUACAACUAUGUUUACUGGGGUGCCGCCGCCAAAUCAUAG